AUUCAUAAAGGUUGUGUUCAUCUGCAAAGAUUAUCUUGUUGGACAAAACGUGUAAACGUCUGCGAGCUGUCUGUCUGGGAAUUGGUAGUACUGUUUAGUAAAAAUUAUAGGUUUGAUAUCAUAUCCACCUGCACAAAGUCUGGCUCAGUAGCCUACUGAAGCGAAGUGAAAGUAAAACUUUCGAGCGCUUGUUUUUGAUGGGGCGGGACUCUCACUUUCAGUCUAUCAACAGUAUUUAGACAGACUAACGACAAGAACUAACAGAAGAAACGAUGGAAGAGAUGUCCUCUAGAUUGGAUUUAUUUACAAUAAAGGAAGCUCAAAAUCCAGUUAAGCAGGUAUGGCUGAUGAACAUGAUGUGGGAGAUUGUUCCUCUGUUGAAGUCCAGUGUUUACGUCAGUCUUUAAUAUCAAACUCUCUAAACCCCAGCCAUGCACUCAGGAACAGCGAGGAGUCUAUAAAUCGUCUCAUGAAAUUUAAAAAGUCCAGCUUACUUCAGUCUGUGAGAUCAAACUCUCUAAACCCCAGCCAUGCACUCAGAAACAGCGAAGAGUCUAUAAAUCGUCUCAUGAAAUUUAAAAAGUCCAGCUUACGUCAGUCUUUAAGCUCAGACUCUCUAAACCCCAGCCAUGCGCUCAGGAACAGCGAGGAGUCUAUAAAUCGUCUCAUGAAAUUUAAUGAUUCCAGCUCAGAGCAGCAGGAGAGUUCAGCUUCUCCAAGUCUCAGCCAUGAUGAGUCCAUGAAGGGCAAUCAGUCAAUGAAUCAUCAAUUGGAUUCAAAAGGAUCCAGCAUUGCCUUGUCUAUUAAAGAAGAACUAAGAAACAAAUUUCAGUGUUUGCAUGAAGGAAAAUCAGAAAAGAGUGAUCUAGUCCCUCUCAAUGAGAUCUACACUGAGCUCUACAUAACAGAAGGUUGGAGUACCGAGAUCAAUCAUGAGCAUGAGGUGAGACAGAUUGAAGCAGCAUUGAGGAGAGCAUCAACAAAAGACAGACAAAUCAAAUGCAAUGACAUCUUAAAGCCCUUACCUGGACAAGACAAACCAAUCAGAACUGUGCUGACAAAAGGAGUCGCUGGCAUUGGAAAAACAGUUUCUGUGCAGAAGUUCAUUCUGGACUGGGCUGAAGGAAAAGCAAAUCAAGAUAUUAAUCUCAUAUUUCCACUGCCUUUCAGAGAGCUUAAUCUGAUGAAGGACCAAAAAGGCAGUCUUAUAGAUCUUCUAAAAAUUUUCAUGCAUUUAGAACAGUUGGAAAUAUCUGAACAUGAAAGUAAAAUCCUUCUAAUCUUGGAUGGUUUGGAUGAAUGCCGUUUGUCUCUGGAUUUUGAUAACAGCGCAAGGUUGUGUGAUGUAAAUGAAUCAGCGUCAGUGGAUGUGCUGGUCACAAAUCUGAUCCAGGGAAAUCUGCUUCCCUCCGCUCUCAUCUGGAUCACCUCCAGACCUUCAGCAUCUGAUCUCAUCCCAUCUGAGUGUUUUGAUCGAGUCACAGAGGUACGAGGCUUCAGUGAUCCACAGAAGGAGGAAUACUUCAGGAAGAGAAUCAGUGAUGAGGGACUGGCCGACAAAAUCAUCUCACAUCUGAAGUCCUCCAGGAGUCUCUACAUCAUGUGUCACAUCCCAGUGUUCUGCUGGAUUUCAGUCACUGUUCUAGAGAAAAUGUUGAAAGAAGCAGAGAUCCCAAAAACUCUCACUCAAAUGUACACACACUUCCUCAUCAUUCAGAUAAACAUAAAAAAUAAGAAAGACUAUGAGAGGAAGGUUAGCGAUGAGGUGAUGAUUCUCAAACUUGGGAAACUGGCUUUUCAGCAGCUUCAGAAAGGCAAUCUGAUCUUCUACGUGGAAGAUCUUAGACAGUGUGACAUUGAUGUGCAAGAAGCAGCGGUGUACUCUGGAUUAUGCACUCAGAUCUUUAGAGAAGAAUUAGGAUUGUUUCAAGGGAAGGCGUACUGCUUUGUCCAUCUGAGUGUUCAAGAACAUCUUGCGGCUCUGUAUGUUUACCUCUCUUUUAUGAAUAAACAUAUAAAUGUAUUUGACCAGCCUAAGGUUUUACCCAACGUUUUGGCUUGCACACAUUGUUCAAGCAAUUCAAUAUUUGCUCUACAUCAGACAGUAUUGAGAAAAGCUCUACACAAUGUCAGUGGACAUUUGGACCUUUUUCUUCGCUUCUUUGUGGGCUUCUCACUGGAGUCCAAUCAGAUUCUCUUGCAAAACCUUUUCACGGAGCCAGAAAGACUCUCCUAGAGCAAAAAGAGAAUAGCCAAGAUGAUCAAGAUUAAGAUUGACGAACACCCUUCUACUGAGAAAUUGAUCAAUCUCUUCCACUGCCUGAAUGAAUUGAAUGAUCAUUAUCUAGUGGAGGAUAUCCAAAAGUAUUUUAAAUCAGGCUUAAAAAUAAAUAAAACACUCUCACCCUCACAGUGGUCGGCAGUGGUUUUCAUAUUGCUGACCUCAGGGCAAAAUCUAGAAUUGUUUGAUUUCAACGAAUAUGUUGAGAAAAACAUAUCUGUAAAGAAAGUUCUUCAAAGACUGCAGCCUGUGAUUGAAACAUCGAGAACAGCAAGGCUUUUUAAACAAAGCUUAACACAGAAAGACUGUGCCACUUUGGUUUCUAUCCUCACCUCAAAGACUUCAUGCGUGAGAGAGUUGAUCUUAACAAACAGCAAUGUGAAGGAUGAAGGAGUGAAGCAUCUCUGUGAGGGACUGGAGAAUAAUAAGUGUCAGCUGGAGACACUAAUACUGGAGUGUUGCGGUGUUUCUGAUAAAGGUUGUGCUGCAGUGGCUUCCGCUCUGAGAUCAAACCCCUCACACCUGAGAGAACUGAAUCUGUCUGGAAAUACAUUGAAACGCUUUGGAGUAAAGCUGCUCUCAACUGAAUUGGGGAAUCCUCUUUGUAAACUUGAAAAAUUAGUGCUGAAAAAUUGUAGUAUCAAUCAUGAAGGCUGUGCUGCUCUUGCUUCAGCUCUGAGAUCAAACCCCUCACACCUGAGAGAACUGAAUCUGUCACAGAAUCAAUUUGGAGAUUUAGGAAUGAAGCAGCUUUCUGAUGCACUAAAGCCUGACCGUUGUAAACUGGAGACAUUACUGCUGAUGAAUUGUAGUAUCACACAUGAAGGUUGUGCAGCUCUGGCUUCAGCUUUGAGAUCAAACCCCUCACACCUGAGAAAACUGAAUCUGUCACGGAAUAAAUUAGGAGAUUCAGGAAUUAAUCAGCUAUCUGAUGCCCUGAAUUCUCCUAACUGUAACCUGGAAAUAUUACUGUUGUUGAAUUGUAACAUCACUCAUGAAGCUUGUGCUGCUCUUGCUUCGACUCUGAGAUCAAACCUCUCACAUCUAACAGAACUGGAUUUGUCUUCAAAUCAACUUACAAACACAGGAUUAAAUAAGCUCUUUGAUGAUCUGGAGAAUGCUGUUUGUAAUCUUGAGAUACUACGGUUAGAGAAUUGUGGCUUCACAGAUGAGGGCUGUGCUGCUUUGGCUUCAGCUUUGAAAUCAAACCCCCUAAACCUAAGAGAGCUAAGUUUAUGUUGGAAUAACAUUGGUGACUCAGGAGUGCAGCCACUUUUUGGUGCAUUGUUAAAUCCUAACUGUAAAUUGGAAGUUCUGCGGCUGAGAGAUUGUAAAAUUACAGAUGAAGGUUAUGUUACUCUUGCUUCAACUGUGAGAUCAAACCCCUCACCCCUAAAAGAGUUGGAUCUGUCUCAGAAUAAACUGAGAAACCCAGGAUUAAAACUGCUCUCUUCUGUACUGGAAAAUCCUAACUGUGAACUGGAGAUACUCCGUCUAGAGUAUUGUGGCAUCACAGAUGAAGGUUGUGCUGUUCUGGAAACAGCUCUAAGAUCAGACUCCUCACACCUGAGAGAGCUGAAUCUGUACAUGAACAAUAUUGGAUGUAUAGGAGCGCAGCUGUUGUCUAAUAUAAAAGAAGAUCCAAAUAAUAAGCUGGAAGAAAUAAAGUAUUAGCCACAAAGUCAUAGAUGCUAA